AUGUAUGAGCCGCUUUACUUUGCAUUUGACGCUUACCCAGCAGUGGUCCCUCGCGUGCGAGUACGAGGCGUCAUGGCUCUCUUCCUCGCGGUUUCGAUACUAUGGGCCCUGAUCUGGCUUCUCUACCGUGCAUGGCAGGUCUGCCAAACUUCGAAUGAGGUCUUGGUCGAGAAGCUCGGUCUCGACAUUCCUCCGCCGCCAGAAGUCACCCUCGAGGAAAUCACAGCCCGCGAAAUUCGCCUUGCUUGGAAGCAACCGGACUUUCACAACUCAAUACACAAGCACAUUAUUCAAGUCAACAAUGUCAAAGUUGGUGAAUCCAAGCGAGCAGAGACGGCGGUGGAAAUCUCCAAUCUGAUGCCCGGAAAUAUCUACCACAUCUGUGUACUCUCUCUUAGUGCUGCCAACUUCCAAACACCCAGCGCAGUCCUUCACGUCCGAACCAAAUCUCUUCCGCUUUCCCAAGCCCAGCAAAAUGGCAACACCGGGGGCCCGAUCAUUCGCGCCUCAAUCCCUAGGUCGACCGUCGGCUUGCCAACUCCUUCUGCCCCGAUAAUGUCUCGUGAGCAUAGCACCGGUCAAUUGCCCGGCAAAAGACCCGCGGCUGGACGAAAAAUUUCUCCCGCCGCAGGAACGCUAGAAACCGCACAUGGCAAUUUCGAAGAGACCUUCAAGAGCAGGGCUAAGACCGCCAAGGAUGAGACUUUGGAGCAACUGGCCGAUCGUUUGAAAGCUUUGCAGCAUGAGAAUGAGAGCGUGGAGAAACAGGGAACGGAGGAAGAAGAGGAACACAUUGAAUUGCUCAGAGAUCUUGAAAAGCAACGCAGUGAACUGAGAAAGCGCGUCCGGGAAAAAGACGAGGCUAGUGGUGACCUGAAAAAGCAUGUUUACAAGUUGGAAAGUGUCAACCGAACUGUUCAGGGGGAAAAGUCUAAGCGCAUGAGACUUCUGCAGCAAAAAGAGGCGGAGCGUAUGAAGCGCAAGAACGACAUUCUGAGAUGGCAAGAGAAGAUUGCGCGCAUGAACUCUGACGCCGAGCAGGCAAAGGACGAUCAGUCGAAGAUCCGAGACGAAGGGACCGAGCGCGCAGACGAAGUACGUGAGAAGAUUGCUAAAGAGCAAGCGGAGAUGAAAACAAUCGACGACGAGAUUCAAGACAAGGGUGGCAGGGUCAAGAAGCUCGAGGAAGAGAGAAUGGGGCUGCAAGAAGGGGACAGUGAAGAUGGCAAGGAGCUGGAUCGAAUAGACAAUGAACGAGCCCGGCAAUGGGAGCACAAGUUGGGCAAUCUACACGCGCGAUAUGCCACCUUGGUCAAUCUUCACGCUCAAGCCCAGCAGCAGUACCAAGAAGCGCAAGAACGCCUGAAAUGGCUGACGGCCCAGCGACCAGGCAGCUCCGGCCCCUUUGCCUUGCCGUCUCUGGACCUCGACAUGGCAAACCCCGGUACCAUCCGUCCCCGUCGCCAUCGUAGCUCGUUGGUCAGCAAUGUUUCGUCCCCUGUCAACUUCCCAGGUAUCGAUACCUCGUUCGCAAAUGGCCUCAACUACAACCAGACUACCCACUCGCCCACGUUCGCUCCCAGCUCUGCAUUCUUCAACAUCAACAAUGGCAUGGCCCUGCCCGGUUUAUCUGAUCCCCCGGAGGUCAUGCGCUCAGACGCAGAAGUCGCUUUCAACAACCCGCAAAUGAGCCCUCGAGCGGAUGCUUUGCUACCAUCUAAUCUACUCGGCGACGAGGAAUCAACGGACUUCCCGCGACCAAUGGCCCGUCCGAGAUUCACGGCAAUGGAGACAUCUACCAACCCACUUGAUAACUUUGUUCACGGGCCAGUGUCUCCUGUUUCCUCCGGUAGCAGACCUGGAAGCAUAUUUGCAAGCCCGAUGGAAACUCAGAAUCGACAGGACGAGUCUCAAGGUGUUCAUCUAUCAGCCGCUGGAGAAGCUCCAAAAAGCGCAUCGCGCAGGCUCUCUGGGCUUUUCAAUUUCCACCGACCUCGCGGGAAAACUCUGGCAGACGAAUCGCCUAUGCUUGGUACAUUGAAGCCCGGCCAGAGUCAAUCCUUCCCCCGUAAUGUCGAUGAGCUGGAUCCAAUCGGUUCCCGAAGACGGCGGUCGAGCUAUACCGGAAACUGGGCGAACCCAAUGUCCCUCUUCCCUCGCAGCAACACAACCGGUGUUACUCUGGACAGUUCUUCCGACCACGCGCCUUCUAGACGAGCUGCUUUCUCGAGUAUCUUCUCCUCCAGCAGAUUUGGCUUUGGCGGCACUGGCACCCGUGGAAACCCUGAUCUCGGUACUGGAUACAAUCAGUUCAGCCCUCGACAUGAUCCCAUCGAUCCGUCAUCGAUUCUUGGUGGUGUCAGACGGGGAUCGCUGUCUCCACGGCCUUCGUCUACCUCUUUCGAUACCCAAAACCAGCUUCCCCACCCCUCAACGGAUAAUCGCCAUUUCGGGUGGCCGUCAACGGACAACGCCGGACAUCGCAACAGUCCUCUUGGAUUUGAUUGGGCCUCUCCCUCGACUUGGUCUCGAGCUCCCUCCCGGCGGCCUUCACUCACAUACGGUUCAUCUGGCCAUCUCCCUUUGGGUCUGACUGGCGAGCCUGAUUUUGUGGGGGACACAUUUGAACGCCAUCAUCGGCCGCUCCAGGCCCCCAUCGGCACCCGCCCGUCAUCUUCUCAUCGGCCAUUGACCCCAAGACUGAACCCGGCUGCCCCGGCUUUCACGGCCGUCUUCGCUGGCGAUGGCUCCGACAGAGAAGAGACAAAAGACAACGGCCCCGAUAGUCCGUUCGAAAUGCGCGAGUAUGACGGGUCGCCCUCUGAGCCCCGUACCUCCCGCUCCCUCUCCCACUUCACCGCUGACUCUUAUGAGUCACUGGAGCGCAUGCCAUCUGGAACCUCUGUAGACAAUGCCUCGAAGGAAUCUUUCAUCCGCAAGAUUACCCGCAAGGGCAGCUCUAGCAAGUUCAGCUCAUGGAAAGACCGCUCGGGACUCUUCUCCAAGAAGGACACUUCUUCGCAAGGAGACAUUGACGAAGAUGCGGCUAGCGAGGCACAGCUUGGCAAGAGCAUUGAUAGCACUGUCUCAAGUGUCACAUCUGCCGAUCGUUCCACUCGCAGCAGCCUGGGGUUCUUUUCUCGCAAGUCUCGCCGAUCUGACAAGGCCAGCGAGACCAGCGAACGUGCCAGCGAGACUGGCGAUGAGGAGAUUCCGGAAGAGGCUGGAACCUCGUGA